AGAAGAAGAAGAAGAAGAAGAGGAAACAGGAAGCAGAAGGAAAAGAAUUGUGACAGCAGGAACUGUCUGUCAUAAUGAGUUUAUGUUGCUCCGUAUACAUCCAGUUUAGACUAUAAGAUAGUUUUUCGGGUAUUUUUUUUUCCCCUCAGAGACAGACACGGAGUUUGUUGAGAAACAACGUGCGCUUUGUUUGUUUGUCGGUUUGUUAGUGUGGCUGCUGAGAAGUUUGGAGAUGUGCACUCAGACGAGGGCUGCUGCUCUGAUGGCCAACAUCCCUCAGGCAGACAUCGACCCGUCCGGAGUGUUUAAGUACGUCCUGAUUAGAGUUAACAGCAGAGAGGAGGGAGACGACUCGGAGGUAGAUAUAGUCCGAGGAUAUGGCUGGGCCGAGUACCACGCUGAUAUCUAUGAGAAGGUUUCAGAAGAGCUGGAAAAGGAUGGCCACCUGGACUGUGAGUGUAUCGGAGGAGGGAGGAUCAAACAUGACCCUCAAGCUAAGAAGAUCCACGUCUACGGAUAUUCCAUGGGAUUUGGAAGAGCAAACCACGCGUUGACUACUGAGAAACUGAAGGCUCGGUAUCCAGACUAUGAGGUGACCUGGGCCAAUGAAGGAUACUGAACUGAAACGAGCCUCUACUGCACACUUUUUUUCUCCUGGACUGACACUUAUCUGGAACUGCCAUGAUAAGUCAGCACAUGUCAUUAAAAACCACAUAGAGUCUGAUAAGCAGCUUUUUAAAACCACAUUAAUGAUCUAAAACUAAGAUUGACACUUAGCAGUGAAUAACUAGAAAACAAGCCUGAAGUUUGUGUUGCAGUUUGAGUACAUAUAUAGCAAACAGUGUUGUUUUUAAAUUAUCAGGAAAUAAUUUGAUUUAUAAAAUAACGGGCCAUGACAGUUUUGCAAGGUGACUUGUUUUAGAGUCACAGGGUUCAGACCUAAUGACCACGACGUGUUGGAAAGUCAACCUUAAAUGUUUGUUGUGAUGUCUCAUAAAUGUUCCUAAAAAUCUGCCUUUUA